AUAGAAAAUGGCGAGUCUGUGCAGAAGGCAGCAAUGUACGAUCGAGAGGCGCGGCUUUCGGCAGGAACUUGACUCGUGGCGGCAUAAACUCAUUCACUGUGUAGGGUUUGAAAGCAUUUUGGAGGGGCUGUUUGGACCAGGACUCGUAAAAGAUCUUACCCUCUUUCAAGAUUGUGAGCCGGAGGGUGUGUCAGAUUGGUCGUUUAAUGAAAAUUGUCUCUUUUGCUGCUUAAGACGUGAAAAAGUGAAGGAAAAUUUGGUUGGUUUGAACAACCAAGUGCUAUCAGAAGCGGACAGCUUCAAACAAGAGCAGUCCAACAUUAACAAACUUGAGAAGCAAGCAGAGGAUUUCCUCAAUGUUGUCUUCUACAGAAAGGCAGACCUCCCGAGAUUUACAGACCCCCACAUUCCUCUAGUGGCUCGUGAGAUCAUGCAGCGAAUGAUCCGACAGUUCGCUGCCGAAUAUACCUCAAAAACCAGCUCAACUCAGGACGUACCCCAACCCCAGUCCCAGCCCAACGGCACCAAGGACCAAAGCCUGCCGAAAGCGCCCUCGCUGGAGCCGGACGCCUCCACACCCGCUCCCGUCUGUGGCGGCACCGGUACCGGCACCGCUGCCUCCGCACAGAAUCCCGUCCUCAGCAAGCUUCUCAUGGCAGACCAGGACUCCCCGCUGGACCUCACCAUCAAGAAACCAGAGACAGAACCCAGCGAACAAGAUGGAGUCCUUGACCUCUCAACUAAGAAGAACCACAGUCAUGGUAGUGUCUCGCUGAAAAGCUCUCAUGGUUUCUCAAUCAUGCCCACAGUUAAGGGGCGUUCCCAGAGAGCUGAUCACAACUAUCGAGAUGUUGAUGAUGAGGAUGGCUUGCCACCGAGAAGCUUGCAUGAUGGGAUAAGGGAGAACUGUAUUGGUUCUGGACCCCUCAAGCCACCCUUGGCCCGCUCGCUCCUCAUAAAAGAGGAACUCCUGAGCCAGAAACAUCGCCUCCUCGGCCAACCUCUUUCCUUGGCCAGCCUCGAGUCCGCGGGUCUCCUCAACAGCCAAGCCCAGUCCCUCCUCUCCCGCGACGGGACAUGGGGGAAAUCCCAUCUAGACGGCCUCCUGAAGCUGAAGCAAGUCAGCGGCGACCUAAACGACCUGUCUCUUUUCCAGGAGAACCAAGGCGUGUUCACCAAGGGCGCAAAGUCCCACGACACCAGUUCCAUCACGGUAAAGAAAGAACCAGGACAUUCCCCUCCAGUGGACUUGAAGAUCCCCCAAGUCAGAGGCAUGGACCUGUCUUGGGACUCCCACGGGAACGCCUCGGAUCUCUACAGUUACGGCUCUAUAGCUUUGGGCAACGUGCACUCGGAGAAUGCGCUCAACAGGAAGCUGAGGGCUAUCUUGCCAAAGCAGAGUCGCAGGGCCGCUCUCGGAGGCCUUCUCGAUGGGGGAGCUGUGGGCGAGUACUGGGGCACAGACCUCGAACAGCCAACUUUGGGACCUCAGUACCCGACAUCAGAUCCGGAGGCAGACCCAACCGGCUCCAAGCAACCCCGAAAGAAGAGGGGACGAUAUCGGCAGUACAACAGUGAGAUUCUAGAAGAAGCCAUUGCUGUGGUGAUGAGUGGGAAGAUGAGCGUUUCGAAGGCGCAGAACAUCUACGGAAUUCCCCACAGUACCUUGGAGUACAAGGUGAAGGAGAGGAUGGGCACCCUGAAGAACCCACCAAAGAAAAAGCUUAAACUGAUGAUGAGGGCCGAGGGGCAGGACUCCGGGAUCACCGCCGAAACCGAAUCCACGUCGACGCCCGCCACCACGCCCAUCGCAAUGCAAGUGGAUGUCUUGCAGGGGACAGGAGACAAAGUCGAGUAGAUUACACAGAACACCUCAUGAAGCGGAAAACGUUUUAGAUUCUGACAGACACACAAAAAAACACAAAAAAAAAACUAAAAUGAUUUGGAAUUGAGGAUGGGGCUUUAAUUGUGCCAAUUUACUUGCAGUAUCUGGGUGAGCACAACUGCAGGGAUUCAUGGGAGGAUUUAAGCCUGAUAACUGGGGAUAAGAAACAAAUUGGCGGUUAUCACAGUGGUCGCAUUGACACUGCAAGCAUUUGCUGAUGUUUUUUACAACAAAAAGCAACAAAUGCGUACUAAAGCCAUAAGAGAGUAUCGACAGAGAGACAUUUUAUUAAAAAAGAAACGCAAGCAGAUUAACCCUCUGUUCGCCCCCCCUUCAUCUGAACUUUGCGCGCUGCGCCAUUAGUGCUCUUGCGUUUUGGACGGCAUGCCAUUUUGAGAAACGAGAAGCGGGGUUUCAAGGGUUACGUGCAAGUCUGGAAAUUGACCCUUCAAAAAUGAAUUUUAACUCCUCUCAUUAGUAGGUUUAUGAAAUAAUCGUGAUCUUUAAAACUAAUUUAUUUCAAAUGGAGUUGACAAGGAUUCUCACCAGGGAUCGAUCCUAGGCCCGUUUUUCUAUUAACAGGUAAAAACAAUUGCUUUCAACUCUUUGUAGUUUCCUCCUUUUAUAUUCUGCACCAUUGAAACAGACUAAGAAUUAGACACGUCCAUUUUAAAAAAAGAAAAGUAUGAAGCUUAAGAUUAGUCAUUCAGGGAUGCAUGUUUGUGAUGUUGAAAAGAUUUUUUUUUUUUUUUUUUUUUUUUUUUACUUUACUGUAACUAAACUUUUCUUUAACUCUAGCGCUUUCUUUUGCACUACACUUUCAGUCUGGCGCUCGCCAGAGCCUAAAUCUGGCAAUUAGACCUGAUUACCUCGACACUGCUUGCAUCACGCACUUACUGUUCUGUCUGGCGUACUACAUAAUGCUCAUUUUACAGUACUCUCUCAUAAAAGGAUUUCGACACCCGUGAAGGGACAAUGCCGAUUUAAGCCACACAGGACAGGAACGUGUUUCCGAUUCACAUCUUUCUACUAAAAUUAAUCGAGGGAGAAUGCACGCAGCCAACUUGUGGCUGAUCCUGGCUACUCCCUCGUCGCUGCUUAUAGUCAGUCGCUGACGUGUAUAUUUAUAAAAAGAAGAGCAUUUUUCGCAGAGGGUUGGUUUUGGGGAACAUAGGAUGGGGGGAAAUGUAGGUAGGGUUAUGACCAUGUAACCCUGUUAUAUUAUAAAUUAGCGUUCUUUCAGAGAGCCAAUUCUUGUCUCUGAAUCGUUUCUUUUCCUCAUGUAAAACUCAGGGCAACUGAGACAAAUAUAGCGAUCGUGUUUUUAGAGAAACAAUGCAUCUUACCUACUUGAACUGGAACCUGUGACGCAUUCUCAGUCAAUGAGUUGGGUCAGGGGCAGGGCUUUAUACCGGGCGUAGGUUGGGUCGAGCUGAGCCAUGGAUUGCAGACAUUGGUGGGAUGUUAUCGUUCGAAACACCUGGCCAGUUGGGAAUUUUCUGAGAUCUCUCUGAAAAUAGCACUUUGUUUAAAAAAUAAAAGCGAAUAUGUUUGGGUGUGUGUUUUAAAGUAGCUUUCGCAGUAGCAGAUAGCAUAAAGGAGGCUUGCAAGAUCAAAGGGGGUGCAUUUCAACGACCCCCGGCGUCCUGCGGCUUAGACCCAAACAUGCUCAUUUUGUUUUGGAAAAAAAAAAAAAAAAAGAAUUA